CGUACUGCCUUAUGUCGUCAGUUUCGCCCUCCUGUGUCUUCAGGAGGCGGGAGACGGGAGGGUCGAUCCUGAGAAUAUCUAAUGAUUUGUAAAUAAUACAUACAGAAUACGUCUCAAAGCCCAACAUUGAUCACUUCGGACUCAUCUGGUUUCAAAUGGAAGCAGAUGGCUUUUUGAGGAGACGACGGAUGUCAGCUGAGACCCCCGGCGGGGACGGAGGGGUUGUUGGAGCUUCGGCGGGUGCAGAGAUUCGAUGGCUUGGUGGCAGGUUUUGGGGCGUUUCGGAGGGGAUUGUCGGAAGCUUGUCCCCUCGGAUUGGAGGUGACUCGGAACUUCAGACUGUUCUGCAUGGCGUUCCAGAAGCCCCCGAAAUCCCCGAACCAGAUUACGAGGGUCUGCCACAGGGCGCCUCCACCACUACCCACAUGCUUGCAGGGGCCGUCGCAGGCAUCAUGGAGCACUGCUUGAUGUUUCCCAUCGACUGUGUCAAGACACGAAUGCAGAGCCUUCAGCCAGAGCCUGCUGCACGCUAUCGUAAUGUGAUGGAUGCACUGUGGCGCAUUGUGAGGACAGAGGGCAUCUGGAGGCCCAUGCGAGGGUUAAACAUCACGGCUGUGGGAGCGGGCCCUGCUCAUGCGCUCUACUUUGCCUGCUACGAGAAGCUGAAGAAGACAUUGAGUGAUGUCAUCCACCCUGGGGCAAACAGCCAUUUGGCUAACGGAGCAGCAGGAUGUGUGGCCACCCUGCUUCAUGAUGCUGCCAUGAACCCUGCAGAAGUGGUGAAGCAGAGGAUGCAGAUGUACAACUCUCCAUACCGUGGUGUUUUAGACUGCAUGCGGGCCGUGUGGCAGAAGGAGGGUGCAGGGGCAUUCUACCGCAGCUACACCACCCAGCUGACCAUGAAUGUGCCCUUCCAGGCCCUGCACUUCAUGGCUUAUGAAUACCUGCAGGAGCUGCUUAACCCCCACAGACAGUACAACCCCUCCUCCCACAUGGUGUCAGGAGCACUUGCAGGGGCGCUGGCCGCUGCGGCCACUACCCCACUGGACGUUUGCAAGACGCUCCUCAAUACCCAGGAGUCCGUGGCUCUGCACUCACUCAACUCCAGCGGAAACAUCUCAGGCCUGGCCCAUGCCUUCCGGACAGUGUAUAGGCUGGGUGGCCUGCCUGCCUACUUCAAGGGAGUGCAGGCUCGUGUCAUCUACCAAAUGCCCUCUACGGCCAUCAGCUGGUCUGUCUACGAGUUCUUCAAGUACGUCAUCACCAAGCACCAGCACAAGAAGUGGAAAACAAACCGGGAUGGGGAGAAGUAGCAUGCCAAGCAGUCGUGGUGCACCCAUCUCAGCAUUGGACCUGCUUCUGGACUGAAUAGAAAGUUAAAACGCACAUAGAAUCCUUACGCUCCCUAUUUGCCUUCUUUCAGACUCUGUUCAUUUGAAAAGGGGUCCUCACGUGGUUAACCAAACAAAUUCAGUUUACUACAGCCAGUAAUAAAGAAAUUGUUUGAGCCAUUGUCAUAAGUAUUUGCACUUAACUUUUUGAGCUCCAAAGUUAUUUUAUGAAAUGUAAAUAUUUGCCGUGAGUCCCACGAGAGGGCACUGUGAUCCUUUGUCUCAGAGGCUCUCCAAGAUCAACAGAAAAGUGUGAGACAGCAAUAAGGGACUUAAGAAUCUGAAUGCCCAUUAAAUGGCGUGUGACCUUUGCAAGGUCCUAGAUGUGCCUGUUUGUGGGGAGAGUACUCCUCCCAUAUUCCUUCCACUUAUUCUCCAAAUUCAGGACAUGUUUUCCACCACAGUGGAAGCAUUUGUAUUUUGACUGAGAAGAUGAUUAUUCUUUUUAAAUAUGACCCUUUCAUGACAGUAGCACCCCCUGCAAAUUACUGCUAUUCAGGUGAUUUAUUUGUCUGCUCCCACUUUGAGUUCAGUUUUUAUAUGCCGGACUGCUGGGACGCUGUUGGAAAAAAACAAGUGGAUCAAGUUUAGGCAGUAAGUGUGCGAGAAGCUUCCUCAUUAAGAAGGCUUAAGACUCUUUGGUGAAGGUUCUUGAGUCCCCAGUUCCCUCCACAAGGCCAUGUGAAUGAUCUGAGCCUGCAAUAGUCCUCCACUAAUUUGUUAGCGUAUGAGUCUAAUUAAACUCAGGUCUCUAAGUAGACCUUUUCAGACAAUGCCAUUUAAGGUUAUGUUGUCCAACAGCAGAAGCACCCUCUUACAAUUAUGAGUGGGUCUGAACACUAUGAAUUAUUUUGUCCAACUACCCUGUAAAGUUUAUUGGCAGUCAAUAAAAUGUCGCGGAUUUCCCUGAGAUGCUUGACCAA